AUGAGUUUAUUUGAAGAAGUUAACAACCUUUUAGACACAGAAAAAGAUAAAAUGGCACAUGAUACUUAUAAUUCAUUACUUGACUUAUAAAGGGAAAACUAUGGGUUCUAUGAAAUUAAUGAAGUAUUCUUCGGCAACACCCAUUCAAAUUUAGACAAAUACCUUAAAAAGAUUAAGGAAACAAUAGCUAAAAAUACUAGGAAUAUUGAGAAUUUUAAGAAUGCUUAUGACUUUGGAAGUAUGCUUAGUGUUAAGGAAAAAUUCAAAUUGUUGAGCAUUGAUAAAUUUUACAAGGGCUAAAACAAAUUGCCAAAAUGGUUUGAUGAAUAUAAAAUGGAAUAAUUAGAGAGGGCAAGGGAAUACAUUAAUAAUUUUGCUUUGCGUUCCUAUAAAAAUAGAGUUAAUGAGACAGUAAUGGCUGAAAGGAAACGACUCGAAAAAAAAGUACUUAAUUUGAUUGAUGAAAUUCAUACUUCUUAUACUGUAGAACUUAAAUUGGAACCACCCAUUUUAAAAAUUUAAGAGUUACAACAUUUACUUGAGGAAAUGCAAGAAUAUGAUCGCAUAAUAUCUGAAUUAGUUAUAGUUGUUAUGCAUAAGGUGGAUGAGGCAUGCGCUUAGAUAGUCAGAAACUUCCUUGAAUUUCAGUCAAAAUGUGAAACACUAUUUAAAUGA